UAGUCGCGACGUAACGUUCUAAGCACGUAGCUAAACCAACAUGGCCGCUGCCCAUAGGAAUCUACGUCGGUGUAGAAAUAAUCGGCGCUUGCGAGUAGAGAGAGUGUUUUUAGAUCGUACAAAUCCGCUGGAAAUAUACAGAGAUGUCGAACUUUACAAGCGUUUUCGAUUUACGAGAGACACUCUCCAAUUCAUAUGCGAAAUUUGCUUUGACGUAGAGAGACACACAAAUCGAAGUUUGCCGAUCCCAGUGGCACUAUCGGUGUACACCUACCUGCGGUACGUUGCUAGCGGGGACCUGCAGCUCACCGUGGCUGACAGCACUGGUCUGUCACAGGCUACAGUUUGUAGGGUCUGUGCACAGGUCAGUGCUAUAUUGGCCGCAAAAGUGUCGGACUUCGUCAAGUUCCCGACUGGAAUAGACGCCGCCCGUGUGAAGCAAGGGCUUGGAGCCAUAGCCGGUUUCCCUAAUGCGCUUGGAUGCAUAGACUGCACGCACAUAAACAUAAAGAAACCAAAUGAAAAUGUAGAAGAUUUCAUUGGACGGAAAGGGAUCCCGACCAAUAACGUACAGGCGAUCUGUGAUGCAGACUACAAGAUAACAAGUUUCACAGCGAACUGGCCGGGAAGAACACACGACGCAAGGAUAUGGAGGAAUUGUGAACUCCGGAACCAGUUUGAAAACGGACAACAUGCUGGCCUACUCAUCGGAGACAGCGGGUAUGGUUGUUCUCGCUAUUUGCUGACACCCUAUUUACGACCAGUGAACCAGUCCGAAGACAGAUUCAACAGGUCACUCUGUAGAACAAGAGUGAUGAUUGAACAGACAUUCGGGAUGUUAAAGAACCGAUUCGGAAUAUUGGGACGCAAGAUCCGCGCAACACCAACAAGGGCUGUACAGCACAUUAGUGCAUGCAUCUUCUUGCGACUCCGAAUUCUCUAAAAAUUUCAAUAAAUACAAUGGUAUGUGUGUAGAUAUUAUAGUAAAUACAUUAGUAGUGCACACUACACUUCAUGUUUACCAUCAUGGCUGUUGAUUAGUUAAAUAUACACGAGAUACAGGGUUUUAGAAAUCGAUGUAAACUUGUAGUAAAUGAAAAGUUCAUUAAGAAAUGUGAAGAUUGUUUACGGGUACGAAUAAAACACACAUGGGUACGGAUCUAACAGGGUACGAGAUGAAAAGUAAAACAAUAGCCCUUCUUAAAUGGUACAUUUAUCCGUUAUUGCACAAAUAUUCAUUAUUAAUACUAAAAUAAUAAUUCACGUGUGCAAAUUUAGGAAACAAAGAACGUGCAACUGCACCAUACUCAUAACAUGUGUUUGAAACUAAAACACAUUUCACAAUCACAUCCGAAAUCCGUAAGUACAAUUUGUUGAGUGGUUAUGCCCCUUAUUUACAUAGUGUAUUAUGCGGCGCUAUCAAAAACGAUAUCGGUAGCAAAUCCAAUCAUAUGCUAUUAAAUAUAAUAUAAAAAUAUAAGGCAGAUAACAAAAAUAACAUUUAACUUACAAUGACAA